AUCAAAAGCACUUUGUUUUCCAUCAGCUCAUUCUCUCCCGCGAACUUUUAGGGUUUUUGCGUUGAUCUGCACUCCAUCAUGCCCCGGUAUUAUUGUGAUUACUGUGAUACGUACUUGACCCAUGAUUCGCCUUCUGUCAGGAAGCAGCACAAUGCCGGCUACAAACACAAGGCAAAUGUUCGAAUAUAUUAUCAGCAAUAUGAGGCACAACAAAACCAAUAUUUAAUUGACCAAAAGGUUAAGGAGCAUCUUGGACAAGCUGCUGCAUUCCAGCAAGUUGGUGGUGCUUACAACCCACUGAGACCCCGUCUUCCUAUUUUACCUAUGCCAAUACCAGGAAAUCCACAGAUGGCGAUGAAUCCAGCAUUAUACCCUGGAAUGAGACCGCUUGCCCCUUUGCCAAGACCUAUUCCUGGUACUGCAGGAUACCCCGGAAUGCCACCAACGCUCGCACCACCUGGUGCCCCUUCCAUGCCAGGUCAGGUUAACCCGUCCAUACCAGGUCAGGGCAACCCAUUGUUGUCUGGUCAGGUCAACCAAACGAUGCCUGGGCAGGUCAACCCAUCGAUGCCUGGUCAGGUGAACCCAUCUAUGCCUGGUCAGGUGAACCCAUUGAUGCCUGGUCAGGUCAAUCCAUCAAUGCCUGGUCAGAUCAACCUAUCUAUGCCUGGUCAGGUUAACAAUGGUAUGCCAAGGCCCAUAACGUUAAAUGCCCCUAUAAUGGCCCCAGGGAGCGCAGGAACCCCUGCUUCUGGUGCACCACCUACAAUGUUUACACCAACCAUGUAUCAAGCCAACCCAAUAGUACAAGCUCGUGGAGGUUUUGAAAGUCCAAAUGCCAAUACCCAACCUCAGGAGGCUAACCGUUAAUGUCUUCAAAAACACUGUUGUCGUUCCUUGUUCUAUAACUAGCCUUUACAAAUUUGAUACAUCCAGUAUCUAUUCUAUCUCUCUAUAUAUCAGAGUUGAUUUUGUAUGAGAUGUCUCUUUGAAUUUACAACAUAUGCCUAUAUAACAAUGGAACCAAGUAGUUGUUUCCUA